GGCCGCCAUAUUGGCAGAGCUGGGAGCCAGGAGCCGGGAGCAGCCAGGGUGCUGGAAGAAGCGGGGUAGCUGGUGUGGGGAGUCAUUCACUGUCUGGCAGCCGUCAAGUCUGCGGCAGUGGUGAGCCCGAGCCUAGCGGCAGCUCUCUCAAAAACUCAACAGAGUUGACUUCUGUUUGGGAGCAGCAACGUGAGGCAGAGAUUUCCUGCUCCCACCCUCUGAGGGACUCUGAGCAUGGGCAGCGGUCGCUGAAGGCAGGGCUGGGGGCAUAGCGGCGGUUGCGGCAGCCAAGGCAGUAGCGGCAGCCAAGGCAGUAGCGGCGAACUAAUUUAUUAGACUGGAUGCUCGGCUGCACUGACUGUCGGUAGCUCCAGUUCGAUUUUUCUUGAAGGGGCGAUGCUGCCGUUCGCUCCUCAGGACGAGCCGUGGAACCAAGAAAUGGAGGUGUGUAGAGGCAGCACAAACAGUUGCGAGCUUUUGUCCACUGUACCGUGAAAAUUUAGAUCUUCACAGGAACUUUGUUGUUGUUACGAAUGUUGGACAGCAUUUAAACACAAAAGCAUAUCUAUUGUGUUAGAGUUUGGGAUCCUUUUAUGGCAACCUAACAGCAUACUACUCCAGCAGACACCAGCAUAUGACUUCUAAAAAUAUUUGGUGAAUUCUGCCAAAUUGAUUCACAGUAGGAUAUUUUGAGGUAAAUGGUCUUAAAAUGGUUGAUGAACCAAUGGAUGAGGGUGAAGCAGAUUCCUGCCUUGAUGAAGGUAUAUUUAAAGAAAUUCCUAUUACUCAUCAUGUUAAGGAAGGAUAUGAGAAAGCAGAUCCUGCACAGUUUGAACUGCUCAAAGUUCUUGGUCAAGGAUCAUUUGGAAAGGUUUUUCUUGUUAGAAAGAAGACUGGGCCUGAUGCUGGACAGCUGUAUGCAAUGAAGGUGUUAAAAAAAGCUUCUUUAAAAGUUCGAGAUAGAGUUCGGACAAAGAUGGAGAGGGAUAUACUAGUGGAAGUAAACCAUCCAUUUAUUGUCAAACUGCACUAUGCCUUUCAGACUGAAGGGAAGCUGUAUUUAAUACUGGAUUUUCUCAGGGGAGGGGAUGUCUUCACAAGGUUAUCCAAAGAGGUUCUGUUUACAGAAGAAGAUGUGAAAUUUUACCUUGCAGAACUGGCCCUUGCUUUGGAUCAUCUGCAUCAACUAGGAAUUGUAUAUAGAGACCUGAAGCCAGAAAACAUUUUGCUUGAUGAAAUAGGACAUAUCAAGUUAACAGAUUUUGGACUCAGCAAGGAGUCAGUAGAUCAAGAAAAGAAGGCCUACUCAUUUUGUGGUACAGUAGAGUAUAUGGCUCCUGAAGUAGUAAAUAGGAGAGGUCAUUCUCAGAGUGCUGAUUGGUGGUCAUAUGGUGUACUUAUGUUUGAAAUGCUUACUGGUACUCUGCCAUUUCAAGGUAAAGACAGAAAUGAGACCAUGAAUAUGAUAUUAAAAGCAAAACUUGGAAUGCCUCAAUUUCUUAGUGGUGAAGCACAAAGUCUUCUGAGGAUGUUAUUCAAAAGGAAUCCAGCAAAUAGAUUGGGUUCAGAAGGUGUUGAGGAAAUCAAAAGACAUCUUUUUUUUGCAAAUAUUGACUGGAAUAAAUUAUAUAAAAGAGAAGUUCAGCCUCCAUUCAAGCCUGCUUCUGGAAAACCAGAUGACACUUUUUGUUUUGACCCUGAAUUUACUGCAAAAACACCCAAAGAUUCCCCUGGUUUGCCAGCCAGUGCAAAUGCUCAUCAGCUCUUCAAAGGAUUCAGCUUUGUUGCAACUUCUAUUGCAAAUGAAUAUAAAAUCACUCCAAUCACAAGUACAAAUGUAUUACCAAUAGUUCAGGUCAAUGGAAAUGCUGCGCAAUUUGGUGAAGUAUAUGAAUUGAAAGAGGAUAUUGGUGUUGGCUCUUAUUCUGUUUGCAAGCGAUGCAUCCAUACAUCUACCAACAUGGAAUUUGCAGUGAAGAUCAUUGACAAAAGUAAGAGAGAUCCCUCAGAAGAAAUUGAAAUCUUGAUGCGCUAUGGACAGCACCCCAACAUUAUUACUUUAAAGGAUGUCUUUGAUGAUGGUAGAUAUGUUUACCUUGUUACGGAUUUGAUGAAAGGAGGAGAGCUACUGGACCGUAUUCUCAAACAAAAAUGUUUCUCAGAACAGGAGGCUAGUGAUGUACUCUUUGUAAUAACACAAACAGUUGACUAUCUGCAUUGCCAAGGUGUUGUUCAUCGUGAUCUUAAGCCUAGUAAUAUUUUAUACAUGGAUGAAUCAGCUAAUGCAGAUUCAAUUAGGAUCUGUGAUUUUGGGUUUGCAAAACAACUUCGAGGAGAAAAUGGACUUCUCUUAACCCCAUGCUACACUGCAAACUUUGUGGCACCUGAGGUUCUUAUGCAACAGGGAUAUGAUGCUGCUUGUGAUAUCUGGAGUUUAGGAGUCCUUUUUUAUACAAUGUUGGCUGGCUACACUCCAUUUGCUAAUGGACCCAAUGAUACUCCUGAAGAGAUACUGCUGCGUAUAGGCAAUGGAAAGUUCUCUUUGAGUGGUGGAAACUGGGACAAUAUUUCAGAUGGAGCAAAGGAUUUGCUGUCUCACAUGCUUCAUGUGGACCCACAUCAGCGGUACACUACUCAACAAGUAUUAAAGCACUCAUGGAUUGCCCACAGAGACCAGCUGCCGAAUGAUCAGCCAAAAAGUAAUGACACAUCACAUGUUGUUAAGGGAGCAGUGGUUGCCACAUAUUCUGCCCUGAUGCAUGAGACUUUUCAACCAAUCCUAGAGCCUGUUGCUGCUUCGAGCCUAGCUCAGCGACGGUGCAUGAAAAAGCGAACAUCAACUGGCUUGUAAGAUUUGCAUUGUUCCUCAGCUAACCUGGAUGAAGAGAAAAUUAAACAUGUGGCUUUUUGCCUAAUUUCAUAUCAAAGGCAUUAUUUUCUGUCACAUUACUUGAAUAUUCAAUUUAAGUCCCCGUUUUAAGGCAAAUAAGAUUUUUAAAAAUACACAGGUCCAUAAUAUUCAUAUUAUGUUGUAUUGCAGUAGUGUCCAAGUUUUUAUUUAAUCAUAUAAUUGGUCUUAACAAGUCUUCUCUGCACACUAGCUUCUAAAAUUUAUUUAAAAUAAAGUUACUCUGUUAGUUUUUCUGUUUUAUACAGUAUUUGUUUGGGGACUCGGUUACCAUAAACCAAAUGCUUAUAGCAUAAUGCCAAGCAAUGUCAGUAUUUUUUAACAUCAGGUCCUGAAAUACAGACUUUUUUCUUAAGAAAAAAAAUCAAGUACUGUAUUAUAGAAUCUUGUUAUGCACAACCGAAGGACUCAAUUUAUUUGACUCUUUGUAGUUACUAAAAUGUAGUCAUAGUAUUUUGGUGCCAGAACAAAAUACAUUUGUGCUAAAAUACAAAUUUCUGAUAUGAUUGGUGCCAAAGUUUUUCCACAAGAGCUAAAUCAAUAAUGUUUGCUGGCAGUUCUGUAUAUUAAUCAUAAGUGGCCACAUCUAGAGAGGUUUACAUAAGGGUUUUAACAGUUUACAUAUAAAGGAAUUGCAGUACGAGUGAAUAACUGUUUAGCCAAAGGGUUUAUACUGGCCUUAUAAUCUUCUUAGUAUGCCACAAUUAAGAUUUUGAAAAUAAACUACAUAAUGUUGACACUCUCUGGCAUUAUGUAAGCUAACUUUCAGGUUAAUCAAUUGGAUUUACUCAUUUUCUAACCAUUUAUACAUGAGCUGCACUGUUGUUUUUUUCUGACAUCCAUGUGCUUUGAAGUACAGUGUUACACAUGAAUUUACCUGAAAUCCUAUGGUUAUUUGGGUUAAGUUUAACUAUAAUGUAUUUGUGCACUUAGCACAUAUGAUACAGUAUAAUAUAUCUCAGUAAACUUUAGACAUUGCUACAUAAUAAUUAUACUUCAAGAAAAUAAAUUAACAUUUUAAAUAGGAAGUAAUAUUAAUGAUCUACAUAAAAUUUGACUACAUUUAAAAAAUUCAUAUUUAUAUAUAAUCUGGCCAAAGCAUCUUACUAUUAAAUUUAUGAUUCAGAGCCACUGUGUAAUAUAUAUUAUUUUCUCUGAAUGCUGAAAUUUUAAAGAAUCAUUUUAUGCUGUUGAAGAAAAUACCAUGACUACUAUUACUGACAGAAAGAAUUCAUGAAUAUAAACUGGAGAAUAUGAAUUUUGUCUAGUGAAUGUAAGAAAGCUACUUGUGCGUGCUAUAUGUACUAUUUGCUGUGGAUUUUAUUUUUCUUAAUUUUCAAAGAGUUGAUUACUGAGUAUAUAGUUUAGGUUAGGAGACAUGUAACUUUGGUAUCUAAUAAAAGAACCUAUACUUAUUCUCUUUAUAAUGUAAGUAAUCUAUACUCCAUGCACAAAGUUGUUUCCUGAAUGUGAUAUAUAAAUUAAUGUAUUCUUUUGAAGUGUCUUUUUGAAAUAAUUGAAAGACAUUACAAAACAUAUAGUGACACAUGAAAACAUUAUUUAGAAAUAGGCUGGUAUAAUAUUUUGUGGCUUUUUAUUUUCCAGUGUGGCAUUUUCUUUCCUCUUUUUUUUCAUUACAUAAACUACAUGCAUGUAACAAUUUGUGUCCAUAUAUUUUGAAUUAUUUUUCUCCUGUCAUCUUGUUUGUGUUGUUUGCCUUCUUCCUAUCAGAAUUCAUAAAUCAAAGUCAAGUAUAAUUUUGAUAUUGAACUAUUCAGGACAUAUACUAUUUCCACGUAUGCUUUUGAAGUAAUAACAUUAGGGGACAUAAAAUUGGAAAACGAAAAGUGAUCACAAAAUAACCUCCAGGUUUUCUAUAAUCAGUGAUUUUUAAAAGUAGAUUAUCUUAAUUAAUUUUUAUUUAAUUUGCUCAAAAGAGUCAUGUCAUAUAGUACCAUCAUGAAAGGAAAACUAUGAGAAAUAAGCAAUGAAUAGCAUAAUUUCUUAUUAUCCAGUGAGCUUUGAUAAUGCGUAAAACAUGCAGCAUGCUCAUAAUAAUUGUGAAGAAAGUUUUCUGCUAGUCUAGCAGUAAUAGUGGGGGUGCAAAGUACUAUAAAAAAAGUUUGAAACUAUACCCUCAUUUUGUAGAAGGAGCUCAGAGAGGGCUGCCUAAUCAUGUCCUUUUUUGGCUAGAACUCUGUAGUCAACAAAUGCAGAUUUAAAUGGAACGCUUUUAUGAAGGGUCUAUAAAUGGUUGAGCCCUAAAGAAAAUUAUUUCUAUAAGACUUGAGGAUACUGUGGUUUCUAAUGGAUUCAUGAACCGUUAUUUUGUAUUGUUUUUCUUUCUAGUUAAUGAUUUUGAUAGUACAUACUGAUAUCAUAAUUUUGAGUUUUUAUUAUUUUUCUGGAAGGGAAAUAUUAAGCUAAUAUUUCUCAAAGGAAAACACAAGAUUUACUCAUAGAGGUUUAACAAUCUAUCAUCCUAAAGCUCAGAUAGGCUAAUAAUCUGUUUCCCUAAACCACAUAUUACUGUGAAUAAACUCAGGAAAACUUUGCAAGCAAAUUAGAAUGCAGUGCUGAUGACUGUAAUGUGCAGAAAACAAUGGUUUCAGCCUUUUCAUAAAGAUGAAACUAGCCUAUUUUGUUAAAUGAAGAAAUGCUUAAACAUUGUUUUUAUAAUUGAUUGCCAUUAGUAAACACAGCAAAUCAUUUUCAAUAGUACCUCUUUUUAGUUGGAAGGGAUUCCUUGUGUUAGGCAACCCACAAACUUAAGAACAGAUGCUUGGUGUCUACAAAGUCUCUCCCACUGAAUCAGCUUGUUAAAAUAGUACUAUACACAGAAACUUAAUUUUAAAUAUUGAUUAGUAUCCUGGCAGAAAUAAGCCCUUCAUGAAUGAAUAAAAGAAAAAGCCCAUACCUUGGGCUCUAAGGCUCAUUAGAAAUAUCACCACUUGGACUAAGCAAAGUUUGUCCUUGGCCCUCUGUAUUUUCUCUUUUCCUUUGCUUUCUAACCCUCUCAUACCAUUCCACUUGAGCAUCUCACAACAGUACUCCAUUAUUAAGGUUUACUCUAUCCCCAGAAUGAUUCUCUGUUCCAAAAUUGUCUUACUUCUUUUUCCUUCCCCAAAGUAGGACCUCCAUUAUCUUAGUAUAGCUACCUAAGUUAAAGGAAAGUUAUCUCAUUAAAUUAAUUCACAUAUUUUAUAUUAAUGACUAAGAGACAAGUGACAUUUAACAAAGAAAAUAUCCAUUAAACAGAUGAAUUUCUAGUUGUAGGAAUUUCAGGCAACUGAUCAAAAUGAGAAUAAUUUUAAAUUCAGUCAUUAUUAGGGAAGAUGUACUUUGUAAAAGGAACCUACACAGUAGGUCCCAAGGUCAGAGUAGCCAGUAAACUAUUACUAAUUUGCACAGUUCCUUCCUUUCUAUGUUUCAAUCUACAUUUUCUCUUAAAAUUCUCCAAAUGUUUUAAAUACUGAACUUGUGUGCCAAAAUGGUGUGAAGAGAGGUAGGAACUGGCAGUAAUUUCUGUAUAUAUUGUUAAGCCCGCAUUUCUCUGUAUUGUUGAUUAUCACAUUACAUGAUUUAUAUAACAUAAGGACUUAUACUCCUCUGUUCAAUGUAUUGUCAAGGAAACAAAAGCACAGAAAGUUUGAAUAAAAAUUAUCCAUAUAUUUUCUCUUUAGAUUAUAGGAAAUAGAGAUCCUAUAUAUCACAAUGUUAGUUGACAACAAGAAUGCAAGCCACAAUACAUAGAGAUUGGCCAACCAACUAUUGAACUUCUUUAGAAUUUUUUUUUUUUACAUUUUGAAGCUUUUUCAGGCAUUUUUGGCAUGUGUAACAUAUAUUACACUCAUGGAUGUAUUGUCCUUGGCUUUUUAUGAAGUGAGGUCUAUUAUAUGAUUUGAGUAAAAUUAUAAUGCUUGAUCAUUCAAUUUAGUGCUAAUACGUGGGGGAACUAUGCUUGAAGAUAUAGCAAGUCCUAAAUUACAGGUAUUAGUUUUUCUGAAAUAUGUUAUGUAAAAAAAUAUAAAAGUACUUUUAGAAUACAGAAAUUCAAGAUUACUUACAUUAUAUUGGCAAAUUAUGUACCAUUCAAUUAUGGGCUAGCAAAGUUAGGAUUUGUUCUGUUUACAUUUCUAAACCUUUGAUAAAGUACUUUUUUGCAUUACUGUUUUGCUUCAUUCUACUUGUCUAGUUAUGAUAACUAGUUUAAUCUUCAAAAGAUUUGUAUUAAACAUCUAAUUUUAUGUGGAACAUUUCUAGAAAAUAUAUGUAUUAAGUGCAUCAGUUUCUUAAUAACUGACUUUGUGUGACCAAUUGGAUUAUUUCCUUUUCUCUGUUGACUAAUACUGCUGUGGUCACAUUUGAUUUGUCUUCAAAUUUGUUGUUUCUGAAAUUGAUAGGACUUACAGGAGACUCUUUAGGGUUUUUUCUUUUUUGUUUUUGUUUUUGUUUUAUUUUUUUAGGGCGAUAGAAUUAUUUUUAAACAUGGGAAAGCAGUCUAAAAGAAACAUCACUUUUAAUGCUAUACAAAAAGUCUUAAAUAUCCAAAUACCAGAAAGGUUUGGAAAUGAAAAUUUAUCUUGCAUUAAAAUCCAUAGCACAAAAAAGGAAAAAUGUGGUUUUGCUGUGUUCGAGGUUUUAAAAUAGGAAAAAUACCAGCAGCUGUGAAUUACAUAGGGUUUAUGAAAAGAGCAUAGAUUACUAUAGCCACAUUUUAAAAAAUUGGUUUGCCAAUACUUCCAAGCACUCUUGAGUUCCUAUAUUUUCUAAUAUAGAAGUAUUAUAUUCACUUAUAUUCCACUGUAUUUCUCAAGACAGAAAUAAUGUAAAUAGAAGUUGUGUGUACAUUUAAUUAGUGGUAUACUUAAAAUGCAAAAGCUGCAAUUGAACAAAAUUUUCCCCAAUGUUCAGAUAACUGUAUUUUCUUAAUUUGAAUAUAUUACUGAUGUUAUACCAUUAUUUAUUUUACAAUUAUUUUCUUUAAAGCAUGGUUCCUUUUAACUUUGAAGUUUUUAUUCACUGUACUCCAUUUUUUGUCAUAUGAGACCAAAUCUAGUAGUGCAUUUUAGUGUUUUCUUACUUCACAGUGCUGCUAAGGUAAUGGUUAUGAUUUUGAAUUUACAACAUGCCAAAGAUGACAUAAUAUUAUAUUUAUUUUUGUUCUUGUUAAAACUCUGUGAGCAACAAUUCUCAAGAUACCAUGUUAUAUUAUACCGGCAUUCUCUGGAUUCUAAAUAAAAAGGCUGCAAAUUUCUAACAUUUUA